CGACCUCUCGCGAAAACUCUUGUGUUCCCCCUCCUCUUCUUCUUCCUCCUCCUCAAACUCCCUCAACACGCGCGAGAGCGAGAGCCAUGGCGACGCCGAGAUCCCUCCUCGGUCGCGUGGCGCCGCUCCUCCGCCGCCGCAUAGAGCUUAACCAUAGGCUCCUCACCUCCUCCUCAGCCGCGGCCGCCGCUGAAGCCGAAGCCGUGCACAUGACGGAGAAUUGCGUCCGCAGACUGAAGGAGUUGUGUUCUAAAGAUUCAUACGUUGACGGGAAGAUGCUUCGAUUAAGUGUAGAAACCGGUGGUUGUUCCGGAUUUCAAUAUGUCUUUUUGCUAGAUGAGAAGAAAAAUGAAGAUGAUAGGGUUUUUGAGAAGGACGGUGUCAAGCUAGUUGUCGACAACAUCUCCUACGAUUUCGUUAAAGGUGCCACUGUAGAUUAUGUUGAAGAGUUGAUCCGGUCUGCUUUCCUGGUGGUGACGAACCCAAGUGCUGUUGGGGGAUGCAGCUGUAAAAGCUCCUUCAUGGUCAAAUAAUGCCUUCGCACCACCAACUUGCUAUUAGCUACUACUGCCUUUGACAUACCAGAUCAUGUUCCUCUGUUUGUGAGGACCAUAUUGUAAUUCUAUGCCUCUUAAUAAUUGUUGUACAUCAAAGAGUGAUCACUGAUCAGAGUGUACCUAUCCAUUCUUGUGAAAAUUCCAAUUUGUUAACAACAGAAUCAUAAUGCAGUUAAUGCUAUAGUUCUUAUAUGAUUUAAUUA